AUGCCUCAGGAUUCAACUAAGUCUGCAAUUGGUAAUGAAUUCUCCAAAACGCAGGAAUUUGACUUUCAGGCGGACGAGGCUGUACGUCUGCUUCUUCCUCAACUAACGACCCUGAAAGCUGCGGAAUGCCCCCAGAUAAGGGCAAUCCGCCGCGUAAAAGUGUCUAUCGCAAAUGCGCUGGUAGCAGCUGGAGAUUUCGUGGAGGUUAAGGAGUACUUCGGUGAUCUUCACUCACUAGAGCAGGGAGCGGAUGUCAUAGACCAGAUGCUCCACAUUCCUGCGAUGAUCGCACAACAGCAUUGCAAUACUAGAGACAUUUGCAGCAGGCAUUGGAGCGACACAGCAGCAGUCAGUGUCAUCUCUUCAGUCAACCUUUACAGAGAUACAUACGAACAUGCUGUCGUAAAGGAGGCCAAGGGUCUCUUAGACAUGCAGCAGGCAGAGCUUAGGCAUGGAUAUAAUCGCCAAGCUAGAAAGUUCGAGAAAUUUGACCCUCUCUCGGAGCCCAUAGUAUUGCUCAGUAAUGAAGGCUGUUCUGUCAUCUUCCCUUUCGUUGCUUUCGCAUCCGUUAUGGCAGAGAACCACCAUCGUAAUACAACACAAGCAGUUGUCUUUAGCUCCAACACUCGGGAGACAGACAUCGCCCAAGAACUCUCUAGGCUGCUCGAGAACGGUUGGAAGAAUACCACUUUGAGAAAUCAAGGCGUCGCAUCGCAAUUCUUCGACGCUAUCGUCAACGAAAUAUCUGGGUUCAAACAGCAUCAUCCUACGCUUACAUCGGCACACGCCAUUCAAGUCUCAUAUCCAUUGGACGACACACCAGCCUCGCGGCCUUUCGUGGAAAGACGUCCACAUGGCGAGCUUAUGCGAUCGCAAAGCGGAGGAAGCGAUAAGGUUGCACACUGGCCUCAAGCUUCUUAUGAUGACAAUGCAUCCUGCAUCUCAGCAGUAGUUGGGCAAUGCAUGUUCGCGACUAAAGAACAGAAGAGGAUUCUUGCGUUCCAAUCUGCCUUAACGCUGAAAUAUCGGUCGAAGGCAUUGACCACAAUAGCUUGCUAUCCUGUUGUUCAUAAAAUCAGUGCCCGUCUUGCUCUGCUCUUCAAAUCGUGGCUAGUAACCCCUAUCGGCAGCAAAUUCCAUCGCAUCGCAGUAAGGCCGCCUCCCGCAGUCGCCGUUGCACUCGUUGCAGUCUUCAUUACCUUGCUGGGUCUGGGUCUGUGGAUGACGAUUAUUCGCUGGCGCUACAACAUAGUCAAAAUGCGACGGACGGCUGGCUGUCAUUGCUUCGAUACCUUUUCUAUGUGGUGUACCCCUUCGGCGUACUUCGUUGGAGAAUCGCAUUAUAGAUGUGCGAGCAAGGACGCAGCCGAGAUAUCAAGGCCUACGAGUUAUAAUGGGAUACAUGCUCUUGUCACUCUCUGGAAGCGCCAGGGCAGUGGUAAGAUAUAUUAUCAGCCAAAGUUCACAACAUCGAAGUACAAAACAUCAAUGCCACCGCCUAUAAUGCUCGAUCACCUCGAAUAUCUUCCAAUCGCAUAUCUGGUUAGCCUUGUGUCACUACUCGUAGCGUUUGGUCAUCAUCUUGCGAAAGGAAGGAAGUACUCAUGGCGAUUGUGGCGAUGGGACUCUGUGGCAUGGGGGAUAUUGGCCUGGGUAGGAUGGUCCAUGGACGAGCUUCGGCCAUCUCUCUUGGAAUCAUAUCUUUGCUCUCUCAUGACUUGGGAGCAGAAUGUCUGGUAUAGUUCGAUGACGUCUCUAUCUUUCCUGGUAACUGACCUGCCAUCUAGAGACUAUCUGCCCGAAGGAAGCAUCAUAUUUCGUUAUCAUCCCUAUGGAAAGGCCUACACAGAAGCUCAAGUCUGUGAUUGCGGUCAAGUGCAGCGACAUGGCAACAAUGCGAAUCUCUACACACCUCCAGCCAUCGCCUCAACAUACGAAAUCGCAAUGUUCAUAUAUACCACCUCGAGGGCAUGGGGUCUGAGUAACCCAGGCUUCGGGACGAAGAUUUCGUCGACGAUUUCAUUUAAUUGUGAUCGGCUGACCCUUUUCCAGGAGCCUGAUCAUUAUGUGGCUCUGGACAGCCCUUUGGAGCUCGAAGCCUUGGCUCUGCAUUCAUUUACAACAGCUGCAGGCUUUUCUAUGUCUCUGCAAUUGGCCACUUCGGAGACCCGUAUAGCUUCAACGGCAGGAGCGAUUGAGCUUGCGAGCUCUUCCGAGCACCAAAGCCGCAUAUGGCGAAGAUAUUCACAGACAUAUCGUGGGUUUCUUGACGCUAUCAUUCAAUUGCAUAGGUAG